AUGUGUGGAAUUACAACAGCAGCAGGAGUACAGCAACAGAAGGAACCAACAGCAGGAGUGCAACAGGUGCAACAACAGCAGGAGUACAACAACAGGGCAGAUUGUCAAGGAGUAGCAGGUGCAGCAACCAGAGGUACCCAGGAGAAUGCAACAGAAUUACAACAAGGUACAACAACAGAGAGAGUUACAGAGGAGGGUGACAGCAAGUCAACAGAGGUACAGCAACAGGAGUACAACAGGAGGUACACAGCAGGAAUUACAACAACAGAAUUACAGCAACAAAAUGUAGGAGGUACAGCAAGUGGACAAGUGCAACAGCAGAGAUGCAGCAACCAGGAGUACAACAGCAAGUGCAGCAAGGUACUGUGGAGUACACAGCAGCAGGAUUACAGCAACAGGAGGUACAACCCAGCAGGGAGGUACAGCAGCAGAAUUACAGCAGCAGGAGUACAGCAGCAAGUGCAACAGCAAGGAGUACAGCAACAGGAGGUGGCAACAGGCAACCAGCAAGUUACAGCAACAGGUGCAGCAGAGAGUGCAAACAGCAGGUGCAACAGGAGAAGUGCAGCAGCAGGAGGAGUACAACAGCAGGAGGUGCAGCAGCAGGAGUUACAGCAGGAGUGCAACAGGAGGUACAGCCAGCAAGUGCAACAGACCAGAGGUACAGAUACAGCAGGAGGUCUGGCAGCAACAGGUACAGCAGAUGCAGCAGCAGAGAUGCAACAGGAGGUACAGCAGGUGCAACAGAGGUACAGCAGCAGAAUUACAGCAGCAGGAUGUGGGGAGGUAACAGCAACAGGAUGUGACAGGAGUGCAACAAGUGCAACAGCAGGAGGUGCAGCAGGAGGUGCAACAGCAGGAGAGUGCAGCAGCAGGAGGUGCAACCAGGAGAUACAACAGCAGGAGGUACAGCAGGAGCAGCAAGCAGCAGGAGCCAAGCAGGUACAGCAGGAAGUACAGCAGCAGGAGUGCAACAGCAGUGCACAGCAGGUGCAACAGCAGGAGUGCAACAGCAAGUGCAAGCAUGGGAAGUGA